AUGGUCAAGGUCCUCUGCGUCCUCUACUCCGGCGGCAAGCACGCGCAGGAGCAGCCGCGCCUGCUGGGCACGAUUGAGAACAAGCUCGGCCUCGAGCAGUACAUGAAGGACAACGGCCACGAGUUUGUCGUCACCGACGACAAGGAGGGGCCCAACUCGGUCUUUGCCAAGGAGAUCGUCGAUGCCGAGGUCGUCAUCACCACGCCCUUCCACCCGGGCUACCUCACCAAGGAGAUCAUGGCGACGGCCAAGAAGCUCAAGCUCUGCAUCACCGCGGGUAUCGGCUCUGACCACAUCGACCUCGACGCCGCCAACGAGCACAAGCUCACCGUCGCCGAGGUGACCGGCAGCAACGUCGUCAGCGUCGCCGAGCACGUCAUCAUGACGAUUCUCAUCCUCGUGCGCAACUACAACGUCGGCCAUGAGCAGGUGUACCGCAGCAAGGCGUGGGACGUCGCCGCCGUCGCCAAGGACAGCUACGACCUCGAGGGCAAGGUCGUCGGCACCAUCGGCGCUGGCCGCAUUGGUUACCGCGUCUUGGAGCGUCUCCUUCCGUUCAACUGCAAGGAGCUGCUCUACUACGACUACCAGGACCUGCCCGCCGAGGCCGCCAAGAAGGUCGGCGCGCGUCGCAUCGAGGACAUCAAGGAAUUCCUGGGAGCUUGCGACGUCGUCACCGUCAACGCGCCGCUUCACGCUGGCACGAAGGACCUCAUCAAUGAGGAGACGAUCAAGUACAUGAAGGACGGCGCAUGGCUCAUCAACACUGCGCGCGGCGCCAUCUGCAACGCCGAGGCCGUGCGCAAGGCCGUCGACUCGGGGAAGCUUCGAGGCUAUGGCGGCGACGUAUGGAAUGUGCAGCCGGCCCCGGCGGACCACCCGUGGCGCGAGAUGUCGGGUCCCGGCGGCCGUGGCAACGCGAUGACGCCCCACGUCAGCGGCACCUCCAUUGACGCACAGGAGCGCUACGCCGCCGGCACCAAGGCCAUCUUCGAUAAUUGGCUUGCCGGGAAGCCCCAGAAGCCUGAGGAUUUGAUCACUGAAUCCGGCAGCUACGCCACCAAGGCGUACGGCAACCGUGUCGCUCAGAACCAGGAGGCCAAGAAGUAA